AUGGAUGUGUUCACUCUCUUGAUUGUGGUGAUGGUUUCACAGAGCCUCCAACAGCACCCUGUAGGGCAGAGCAUCCAGAGGUUCAAGGCCUCUGUAGUCCAUAGGAGCCACUAUGAGGAGUGUCCUGGGAGGAAUUUGCCAUUUUCAGUGGAAAACAAGUGGCAGGUACUAGUUAUGAUGACUUUGUUCUUUGGAUCUGGAUUUGCUGCACCUUUCUUUUUAGUAAGACACCAAUUUCUUAAGAAAUAA